AUGAGAAAUUUACGACGCAAUCAAGAAGAUGAAAGAAUUGUCGGAACCGAAACUUUGAUAACAAAAGAUUCAUCGACUGGCUCGGCAACUGUUAAAUCAAAUCAAGAACCACUCUUUCCAACCGAAACAUUGUUUACAUUACCAGUAUUGACGAUAACAAACACUCCCCCAACUGUUACAAAUAAUCCUACUACUAAAACAUUAACCACAAUUACAACAUUCAUAAGUGGAACGUUAACUACAUUAACAUCAACAAUCGAAGUACCGAUUACAACCGAUACAUCAUCCGUUCCUACGCCAACUUUAUCGAUAGAUAUACCACCACCUAAAGAACCAGGUGACGAUAAAACUCCACCAGAUGAUGGAAGCGUUCCAGAAAAAACUCCUCCGAAUCAAGAUGAAGUGGAUGAUAAAUCAAAUACUUCGGGAAAAGAUGACGAUGACGAUACAGAGAAAAAAUCUGACAAGAAACCUGGAGUUUCAAAAGAACCCAAAGGAUCAGAAGAACCUAAAAAUCAGGAAAAAGUACCGAAGGGUGAUAAAAAACCUGGAAAGGCUAAAGCACAAAAAGGCGGUAAAAAAACUAAAGUGUCAACAAAGACUAAAGGGCCUGAAGUGCAAAAAGACCCUAAAGAACCUGAAGUACUAGAAGGACCUGAGAUUUCAAAAGUUCCCGGGGAAGGUGGGGUUCCAGAGGGUGAUAAGGAACCGAAAGUUCCCGGAGAAGGUGGGGUUCCAUGGGGUGGUAAUGAACCGAAAGUUCCCGGAGAAGGUGGGGUUCCAGGGGGUGGUAAUGAACCGAAAGUUCCCGGAGAAGGUGGGGUUCCAGGGGGUGGUAAGGAACCCAAAGCUCCUGAAGAAGGUGGUGUGCCAGGGGGUGGUGGUAAGGAACCGAAAAUUCCAACGGAAGGUGGCGUACCCGUCGGUGACAAAGAAAAUGGUGUACCACCAGAAGAGCCAGAAGCACCAGGGGGCAAAGGAUCAAAUACGCCCGAGUCAGAUGUACCAAAGUCGCCGGGAGGAAAUAAUGUGUCGGAAGUAACAGAUAGUGAUACGGGAAACAGUAAGACUUUGGGACUUGCAAUUGGGGGUGUUUUAGCGGGCAUAAUCGCGAUUGGAAUGAUGUUAAUAGUAUUAUUGAAAAAGAACAAAAUAUGUACAGAGGAAAAGGAAUUAACAGCAAGUGAUUCAAUGGAAUCAGGUCAACCUUCUCCAGCAGCUCCACCAGAAGUUUACCUUCGACAAAAUCGAACGAGCGCAAAUUCUUCCAUUAUAUCAACCAUAUCAUCAUCAUCAUUGAGAUUGAUUUCUGCAAUAAAAAACUCAGUUUCUAACAUCCUUCCAAUACCAAAUGAUGCUGCUAAUCUUACCGGUCGAAGCAAAUUUAUUGAACAACUAAUAAUCAUUCCUUUUCUUUAUCAAAAACCAUUCUCGGUAGUAAACGGUGGUCUUAGACAAUAUUAUUGUUUAACAAGAACGUACCUUUCUUGCCUUGACGAGGAAGAAAGGAAUCAUUUAAGAAAGCAUUUUAUAAAGUUUCCACAAGUGUCAAAUUCACUUUUUGAUUACGCAAAGUAUUUGGAAGAAAUUCCAAACCUAACGAUCGCAGCGGAAUGUUGGCUAAUCUUUUUGAAUCAUUCUAGUGAAAAGAAAAUAUACAUCAAUUAUAAUGAGUAUAAUAAGCAAUUGGAUAAAGGAGAGAAAUUGAUCUUACAGGAAGUACUUUUUCAUUUAUUCUUGAGAAAGAUUAAGAAUUGCAAGGUGUUAAAUAUUCAGGCAAACUUAUUUGACAAAAGCAUCUUUAAUAUACGAUUUUUCAAAAAGAUUAUCUCACAUAACUCAAGUAUAACAUCAUUACGUUUAAUCAUCUCUGAAGAAGAAAUAAACGAAUCAAACGAGGAAUUAUUUUUUAAAUUCAUUUCACUACUUACAAAAAAAUGUUUUGACAUUGAAGAAUUGGAGGUCACGACAUAUUAUUUUUAUUAUAAUUCAAUCUUGCAAGGAUUAAUCGAGAUAUUAAUUCAAAAUCAAAAGAAUUUCAAAAGCGUUAGCUUAUCAUACCCAAAUGAUCGUUCGUUAAACGAUCUUAUUAAAAUAAUAAAAAUGAAAAAGCACACUCUUACCACGAUACAUAUAGAUAAUUCUUAUAACUUUAUUAAUCAAAAUGUUUUUAAAGCUAUUGCGAAUUGUGAGAAGAUUGAGAAAUUAGAAUUUAUCAAUGCUAAAGGGUUAGGGUUGUUAAAGACUAGGGAAAUAUUUUGCAAUUCAACUUUUGAGUUAAAGGAAUUUACUAACCUUUAUGAUAGAUUAACACCAUUUUUUCACAUUCGUCUUAUACGUAAAUUCGGUCAUUCAUUAAAUAGGUUAUCGCUUUAUAAAGUGACUCAGCUAGCCGUUAGGCAAAUUUCAGAGCUCUGUUUAAAUCUUAAAGUGUUGCAAAUAGUUUGUAAGGACAUCAAUUUGUCCGCUUAUCAAUACUUUAAGAAUAUGAAUAUUGAACAGCUCAUCAUUUAUUCCGAAGAACAUUUGUUAUCCAAUUAUUACAGCAAUAUCUUUAAGUGUAUAGCUGAAAAUUUGCCUGGUUCCCUAACUACCUUUACGAUUUACAUAAAGGAUCCAAACUCUAUAUUCUUAAGUGAGAAUAAUUGUAUUAGUUAUGACAAUUUGGAAAUGUUUUUAACUCAUUAUAAAGUUGGUUUAAAAACUUUAAAUUGCAACUUCAAUUUAAGAAUCGAAAACAUUGAACAAAUCCUUGAUCACGUAAAAAAACGAAAGGCUUUGAGAUCUUUGGGUAUUAGAUCACCUCCUGGCUAUUUAUGGUUUGACAAUGAUAGGGUUAGGGUCAAGCAAUUGUUAAAUGAAAUCAGAGAAUAUGAUAUUGAGAUUCACAACAUUAAAAAUCAUUUCUCUCCUUAG